AUGCCAACUCAGAGAACCGUCGAUCUCACCAUGCAAGAGCUUUCCAAGUACUUCAAAAUGCCCGAGAAGGCCGUUGCGAAGGAACUGGGAAUCUGCCUCACCUCUUUGAAGAAGGUCUGCCGCCAAAACGGAAUCAACAGAUGGCCGUAUCGCAAGGUAUUAUUCUUGUGGUGA